AGAGAUCAGACACAUGGGAAGCUGCUUCUCUUCUGCAUCUUUGAAGAAUCAGCCAUCUUUAGAGAGAAAGGAGUGUGAAGAGGAGAUACAAGUAUGUGUGGAGCGAGGUGAUGAUGGGUUGAGUCCUGAUGAGAAGAGGAGGAUUGCCUCCCUGUACUCUCAUCGAGGGAACAAAGGUCUGAACCAGGAUGCUGCCAUCCUUUGCAAGGGAUAUGGAACAGAGGAGGGGUUGUUUUGUGGGGUAUUUGAUGGCCAUGGUACAAGUGGGCAUAGUGUGAGCAGGGUGGUCAGAGAUUACCUGCCAGACUUGUUGCUUGGCGAACGCAACGCCCGCCUGCUCGCCCAGGAAGACGACGAAUUCACCGAUGGCAAUGACACGAGCUCAACGGAUGGCGAGGAGGUGCUUGAUGAGUGGAAAGAGGCUUGCAUCAACGCCUUCACAACCAUGGACGAAGAACUCAAGGUGAGGCCAAACUUAGAUUGCUCCUUCAGUGGAACCACAGCAGUCUCCGUCAUCAAGCAGGGGGAAGAUCUGAUCAUUGCCAACCUUGGCGACUCGAGGGCUGUCGUGGGAACCGUAUCAGAGGAGGGUCACCUCGAGGCGAUUCAGCUGACAACAGACCUGAAGCCCAGCGUACCUCAGGAAGCAGAGAGGAUAAGGAAGAGCAACGGGCGGGUGUUCGCGCUCGAGAGAGAGCCGCACAUCCAACGCGUGUGGUUGCCCGACGAGGACUUCCCCGGGCUCGCCAUGGCCCGCGCUCUCGGGGACUUCCAGCUUAAGAACUACGGCAUCAUCUCGGUCCCUCAGGUGGCUCAUCGCCGUGUGACGAGCAGAGAUCUGUUCAUAGUCCUCGCGACCGACGGGGUGAGAAGGUUGAUCACUGUUUUCUUUUCUCCGUGGUCUCUGCUUGAUGGAAGGCUUCGUGUGUUGAAGGUGUGGGAUGCGCUUAGCAACGAGGAGGUGGUGUCGAUUGUUUGGUCCACCGAGACCGACGAGGAUGCAUCGAAGACGUUGGUGGAAGCAGCACGUAACGCGUGGAAGUCCAAGUUUCCGUCGGCAAAGGUAGAUGAUUGUACUGCUGCUUGCCUGUUCUUCCAAGAGGAAAGGCAGGAGUUAUUACUUCCAACAGUUCAAGACAAGUAAGCAGAUGAGAGAUCUUACUUGCUAUGAGUUACCAACACUACAAGCUUUAUAGAAAACGUCAUGAUGGCAACACUUAUUACUA